AUGGCUAAAGAAAACGACAGGGUGUCUUGGAAGUACUUGCUUCAUAUGUUAAGGAAGAUGGGAUUUGCUGAACAUUUUAUCAUCAUGAUAUGGAAUUUGUUGUCAAAUAACUGGUACUCCGUCGUGGUGAAUGGGCAAUAUUCAGGUUUCGUUUAUUGUACUAGAGGGGUGAAGAAAGGAGAUCCAUUAUCUUCUGCAUUAUUCAUACUGUCAGAAAAAUUGUUGUCUAGAUCAUUGAACAAAUUGUUUGAUGCCAAAUCUUUUAGGGGUUUUAAAAUGACUAAGUGGACUGAUCUAUUGAAUCAUAUUUCAUAUGCUGAUGAUACAGUUCUUUUUGCCUCAGCUUAUGCGUACUCAUUGAAGAAGAUCAUGGCAGUGUUAUGUGGAUAUGAGAAGAUUUCAGGCCAGCUCAUCAAAAAGGAAAAGAGUUCCUAUUAUAUGCACUCUAAGGUGGAAACUGCUUUGGUUCAAACAGUUGGUAAUAUCACUGGUUUUACUAAGGGUGAAUUACCAUUCAUCUACAUAAGGUGUCCAGUAUUCAAUAUUAGGAGAAGGAAAGACUACUAUGAUGAUGUUAUAAAAAAGGUAAAGGCCAAGCUGCACUCAUGGAAAGGAAAGUUGUUAUCUUAUGGAGGCAAGGCUACACUAAUCAAUAGUGCGCUUCAAAGCAUGCCAGUGAACUUACUUUCAGUUUUGAAUCCUCCUAAAAACAUAAUGGAACUAUUGCAUAAGUUAUUUGCAAGAUUCUUCUGGAGCAAUAAAGAAGAAGGGAGGAAUAGACAUUAG